CUGCGGCUCCCAGGUUGGUAGCGCCGCUCCCGGUCGCGCGUACUCGUCGUGUGGAACCGCGGGUCUAGGGCGCUCGCUGCCGGAUACAGCUAAGCCCAGCGCCGCCGAGGCCGUCGGCCCCCCAGCCUCCGCCAUGGACUUCGAGGACGAUUACACACACUCUGCUUGCAGGAAUACUUACCAAGGCUUUAAUGGAAUGGAUCGUGACUAUGGUCCUGGAUCUUAUGGAGGGAUGGAUCGUGACUAUGGCCAUGGAUCCUAUGGGGGUCAAAGAUCCAUGGAUUCCUACCUAAACCAGUCAUAUGGCAUGGACAAUCACAGUGGUGGUGGUGGGGGUAGCAGGUUUGGACCUUAUGAGUCUUACGACUCCAGGUCUUCUCUGGGUGGGCGAGAUCUGUACAGAUCUGGCUAUGGUUUUAAUGAACCCGAACAAAGCCGCUUCGGAGGUAGUUAUGGUGGUCGAUUUGAGAGCUCCUACCGGAAUAGCCUUGACUCUUUCGGAGGUAGAAACCAGGGCGGGUCUAGCUGGGAAGCACCUUACUCCCGUUCAAAAUUGAGGCCUGGGUUUAUGGAGGACAGAGGAAGAGAGAAUUACUCUUCCUACAGCAGUUUUUCUUCACCCCAUAUGAAGCCUGCACCUGUAGGCUCUCGGGGGAGAGGAACGCCUGCUUAUCCUGAAAGUACGUUUGGAAGCAGAAACUAUGAUGCUUUUGGAGGACCAUCAACAGGCAGAGGCCGAGGCCGAGGACAUAUGGGUGAUUUUGGAAGCAUUCAUAGACCUGGAAUUGUUGUUGACUAUCAAAACAAACCUACCAAUGUGACAGUUGCUGCUGCAAGAGGAAUAAAGAGAAAAAUGAUGCAGCCAUUUAACAAACCUGGUGGAACCUUUAUCAAGAAACCCAAGCUAGCAAAACCAAUGGAGAAGAUGAGCCUCAGCAAAUCACCCACAAAAACUGAUCCUAAAAAUGAAGAGGAAGAGAAGCGACGAAUUGAGGCUCGGCGAGAGAAACAAAGGCGCAGAAGAGAAAAAAACAGUGAGAAAUAUGGAGAUGGAUACAGAAUGGCAUUUACGUGUUCAUUUUGUAAAUUUCGAACGUUUGAAGAAAAAGAUAUUGAACUGCAUCUGGAAAGUUCUUCGCACCAGGAGACAUUAGAUCAUAUUCAGAAACAAACCAAAUUUGAUAAAGUAGUUAUGGAGUUUUUGCAUGAAUGUAUGGUGAACAAAUUCAAGAAAACAUCUAUUCGUAAGCAACAGACAAAUAAUCAAACAGAAGCAGUCAAAAUAAUUGAAAAAGAUGUUAUGGAAGGUGUUACUGCAGAUGAUCACAUGAUGAAAGUAGAGACUGUUCACUGCAGUGCUUGCAGUGUGUAUAUCCCUGCUUUACACAGUUCAGUUCAGCAGCACUUAAAAUCGCCUGAUCACAUCAAAGGGAAACAGGCUUAUAAGGAACAAAUAAAACGAGAGAGUGUUUUGACUGCUACAAGCAUUUUAAAUAAUCCAAUAGUGAAGGCACGAUAUGAACGUUUUGUUAAGGGUGAGAAUCCUUUUGAAAUUCAAGAUCAUUCUCAGGAUCAGCAAAUAGAAGGAGAUGAAGAGGAUGAAGAAAAGAUUGAUGAGCCUAUUGAAGAAGAAGAUGAUGAAGAGGAGGAGGAAGAAGUAGAGGGAGUAGGAGAGGCAGAGGAAGUGGAAGAAGUGGAGGAAGUGGAGGACGUGGGAGAAACUGGAGGAGUAGAGGGCAAGGAGGACACAGAGGGAGGUGGGGAAGCAGGGGCAGUGGGGGAAGUAGAGGGAGUAGGGGGAGUAGAGGAAGAAGAGGCAAAGGAGGAGCCUGUUGACAUCCCUCCUGAACAACCUGAAGAAAAUUAAAUAUAAGGUAUUAGAUUUAAAAGGAGCUUUAAAUUUCUGUCCUAACGUGGAAAAGGGUAAGAAUUUUAUUAGGUCAUUAAAUAUGAAAUGUCCAGUUUCGAAUCAAACGUGUAUUUUAUUGUAUCUCAAACAAGAAACAG